CCGCCCCCUGCCUGUCUUUACGGCAGUGUCGCGCGCCGCUCCUCCUUCUCUCUCUUUUUCUUGAACAUGGCGGCCGGGACUCUCUACACCUAUCCAGAGAACUGGAGGGCUUUCAAAGCCCUGAUCGCUGCCCAGUACAGCGGAGCCAAGGUCCAGGUGGCCUCCUCCCCGCCCCAGUUCCACUUCGGACAGACCAACAAGACCCCGGAUUUCCUCAAGAAAUUCCCCCUGGGGAAGGUCCCAGCCUUCCAGGGAGAUGAUGGUUUCUGUCUGUUUGAAAGCAACGCCAUCGCUCACUACUUGGGCUCGGACGCGCUGCGUGGCUCCUCGAAGGAAGCUGCUGCUCAGGUCCUGCAGUGGAUGAGUUUUGCCGACAGCGAGAUCGUUCCUCCAGCCAGCGCCUGGGUCUUCCCUACCUUGGGCAUCAUGCAGUACAACAAGCAGGCGACAGAGCUUGCGAAGGAGGAAGUGCGCAGGCUGCUGGAGCUGCUGAAUGAGCAUCUGAAGAGCAGGACCUUCCUGGUGGGAGAGCGAGUGAGCCUGGCUGACAUCAGCGUGGCCUGCGCGCUGCUCUGGCUGUACAAACAGGUCCUGGAGCCUGCUUUCAGACAGCCCUUCCCCAACACAAACCGCUGGUUCAGCACCUGCAUCAACCAGCCGCAGUUCAGAGCUGUGCUGGGAGAGGUGCGGCUGUGUGAGAAGAUGGCUCAGUUCGAUGCCAAGAAGUUCAGCGAGAUGCAGCCCAAGAAGGAGGGAGCCCCGAAGAAAGAGAAGGCGAGCAAGGAGGCCAAACCCCAGCCCGAGAAGAAAGAGAAGAAAGCGAGCGCUGCGGAGGAGGAGGAGGAGCUGGACGACUGCGAGGCGGCACUGGCCUCCGAACCCAAAUCCAAGGACCCCUUCGCUGACCUGCCCAAGAGCACCUUCGUGCUUGAUGAGUUUAAGAGGAAGUACUCCAAUGAAGACACUCUGAAAGUGGCUCUGCCGCACUUCUGGGAGCACUUUGACAGGGAGGGCUAUUCCAUCUGGUACGGAGAGUACAAAUACCCCGAGGACCUGACCCUCACAUUCAUGAGCUGCAACCUCAUCGCAGGAAUGUUCCAGCGCUUGGAGAAGCUGCGUAAGAAUGCCUUCGGCAGCGUGAUUCUGUUUGGAGAAAACAACAAUGGCAGCAUCUCUGGCAUCUGGGUGUUCAGAGGACAGGACCUGGCCUUCACUCUCUCCCCGGACUGGCAGAUUGACUACGAGUCCUACACCUGGAGGAAGCUGGCUGUGGACAGCGAGGAGUGCAAGACCAUGGUGAAGGAGUACUUCGCCUGGGAGGGAGACUUCACACACGUGGGCAAGCCCUUCUGCCAGGGCAAGAUCUUCAAGUGAGGAGCAGGGGAGCACAGAGAGACCUGGAGGGAUCGAAGCAAGCAGCUGCCCGCUGAGCUCCACACCGCGCAGUAACCACACCGGCACCUGUGGGGGGCGCCGCCGCGCUCCGUUUUGUUUUUUUAAAGCAGUGCUGAUGUUUAGCGAUUCUUCCCAAAAAAAAAAAAAAAAAGACUUCAAACUGAACCAUUUGUUUGUUUUGUUUUUGUCCUCCUUUCUGUCGUUAGUUAAUUGACCCGUUAUCUAACUAAAGAAUCACACACACACACACACACGCGCGCAUGCACUCACACACACGCGCACGCACACACACACAGACACACACACUGACGCACACACGCGCACGCACACACACGCGCGCACACACUGACGCACACUGAAGCUCUUCUGUUGAUUACAGUGAAUAGGCUCUCGAAUGGCUGCAUGAAGUCUCUAUGCAGGGUCUGUGUGCUUCGUGUCAGAGCCCCGUUUCCUCCACUAAUCCAUUCUAAAUGUGCGGCGCUCACAUCUCCUGUUCCGCGGUGUUGGUGUCUGUUUUUUUUUUUUUUUGUACCCUGUGUGGAUGUGUGCGGGUUUGGUUUGAAGACACCCUGUAUUGUCUUGAGUAGGUGAAACAGCACCCUGUUUUAAAAUGAGUGAAUACUCUUCAGUGCCGAGGUGAAGCGGUGUUCUGGGAAGGGGCGUGCAGUUUGAAACGUGUUUCAGUCUUCUUGCCAGCUUUACAUCACUGCUUACUUUCUCUUGUUCGUGAUUAGUCUUCAGUUGGGGGUCCCCUUGUCAAAAUUCGUCUUUAAAAGGGGUCUCCCCAGAGCCCCCAGCUGAAACGAUGAUGGUUAAGGAGAGUGAAGCUGCCUGAACUGUGCUCUCUCUCUCUCUCUGUCUUCUGCUCCUUCCUUCUCAAUGCCUGAGUGCUCGCCCUUGCCUUGCUGCAGUCCAGUGAAAUGAAGCACAGCAAAGCGCUUUCACAGGAAUGACUGAAUUCGAUCUGCUGCGUGCUUUCAAACCCAGCCUGCUGCUCGCUUUACUGUACGCGGGGAAGGAGGUAAUAAAGCUGUUCUCUCA